AUGGCGCGAUUCUUUGAUUUGGAGGAAGAGGGCGACGAUGGCGCCAGUCAUCCGCCCGAAGAUCUGAUUACACAGGCGUUGCAGGCCAAGAGCCAGCUACAAAACAAAACCGACCAGCUCGCAGCCGUGCCUGCUGCUGCUUCGACGCAUUGUUCAGAGUCAAUUGCUAGAGCUUUUCAGUGUUAUCCCAUCAUUUCCUCCAUAGUCUCGUCCAUCGAUUUGAAUACGUUGGAUUCUCUGGCACGCACAUGUCAUUCUCUGCACGACGGCCUCAUUCAAUAUCGCAAUGUUCUCGUCACGUCGACCUUGCAUUGCACCAACGAACCAGUCCCCGUCAAUCCCGAGGAGCUGCUUCGCUACCGCGCCCGUGCCAGCAACUGGCACUACAUGGAAGACGGCCGCAGCUACAACGGCAAGUCGGGUGCCUGCGCCCGAGACAUGGUAGACGAAUGCAGAAGGUGUGGCGAGGUCAUCUGCCGAGUAGGUUUCUUGCCCGCGUCAGCAAAGCUUGCUCAAGAUCCGAGCAAGCUUGCGGCAUCGCGCUAA